AUGGUCGCACCCGAAAUACCCGCAAAAGAACAUAUUAUGCUCCCGGGGGGGUGGGGGGGUCUCCGGGGUGAAUUUUCAGUUUUGCGAGUGCCGUGCGUUUCCCGCCUCCGUGCUCUACUGGGCCUCGUUACGGUGGUGUUGGGGCGCAUUUUCGCACACAAGCUAACCCUUUUAGGUGUUGGGUUGUUCCGGUGUUUUGGGUUGUGCCGGCCUGGUGGCGUCGCCGCCGCCGUCUGUCACAACUUUGGCCAGCUGGUGGCGCCGGGGUGGGGUGGCAGUUUUCUGGUCGAAGCAGGCGGCCUCUACAAUAGUUGCGCCUCUGCUAUUUUGGCGUUCUGUUGGUUUUUAUUCUUCUUUUGGUCGUUCGUAGCCUCUGUGUCGUUGUGCUGCUCCGCCUUGGUGGUGUCCCGGGCCGUCUCGGACUUGUCCGUGUGGCGGGGUUGGACCCCCACACCUGUAUUUUUUUGGGGGUGCCAGGCGCGCCAUCUGGUUUUUGCCGUCGUGAUUUGUGUUUUCUACAUGUGCUGGUGCUGGUUGCGCUUUUGUUUGCGGCACCGCGCGUUGCGCUCUGGCUGUGGGACUCUGCCUCCCAUGGGGUGGGCUGGCCCAGGAGGGGUGGAAGGGCAUAUGUUGGAUCGUACCUUUCUUAUAUGCAUUGUAGGGGUUAUGUUGUGCGGAAGGGGUGACAGGAAUUCUGUGCGCAUAUGUGUUGUGGGUAUGCUGUAA